AUGAUUUGCUCAAUUUCCGGAGAACCUGUGAAGGAUCCCGUUCUGUCGCCAAAAAGUGGCCGCAUUUUUGAGCGUGCUCUUAUUGAAUCUUACAUUGCACAGAAUGGCGUUGACCCCAUUGCCGUUCCAGAAACACCACUAUCAGCAGAUGAACUUAUCUCAAUUAAGACAGAUGAGCCGGUAGUUCCACCACGGGCUCCUGCGUUGACUUCUGUUCCCUCGCUACUUUCUGCUCUUCAAAAUGAAUGGGAUGCUCUUGCACUAGAAACAUUUUCUUUACGCCAGCAAUUGAAGCAGACACGACAAGAACUUUCCACUGCUCUUUAUUACCAUGACGCGUCAGUUCGCGUUGUUGCACGUUUAAUUAAAGAACGCGAUGAAGCUCGUGAGUCUCUUGCGCAACUUUCCGCGUCUAUUGGAUCUUCUGUUCCUGACGCGUCAAGGAAUGGUAGUGCUAGUACUAGUGCUUCUGGUUCUGGUUCUCAAGCUCCAGCAAAAACAUUAAAAGAUUUAGAAAACGAAUUAACUUCUUCUGCGGAGGAAAAAAUUGUGUUACCGGAUACCGUUUUUGAAGCCAUUGCACAUAAACGACAGGAGCUUGUAGCCACACGUCGACAACGCAAGAUUGGUCUUGACUGGACGUCACUGAAUGACGUUUCCAAAUUCGGACUUGUCAAAAAAGCUACAAAACAGUUUUUCCCUAAUGCUCACCAACUUGUUAUCGAUCCUACUUCUAAAUUUCUUUUGUCUGGAGGUGGUGCAUCUAAAGCUGGUGUUUUUUCUACCCAAAAUCCAUCCACCGAUAAUGCUCUUUUCACUGGUAAUAUUGGAAUAAUCACUGCCUCAGGAUGGAUCUCUGACUCAGUAUUUGCUUUGGGCUCAAAAACAAAUUUAAUUGAGCUUUUCAGAGUUUCUCGUUUAUCAAAUUCUAAUAACCUUUCUGUCGUUCCUCUUUCUACCAUCAACUUAACAGACAUUGACUCUUCAAAGCAAUAUGCUGUGACAGCAAUUAAAAGUCACCCAGUUUCAUCGCUUUUCGUGACAAUUUCUUCUUUUAUUCAUGCUUUUAACGGAUGCUCUUUUUGGGCGGUCCACGACGUCUCUGACCCUGAAAACCCCAAAACUAUUUCACAUGGCACAACUACUAAGCAACACGAAGCGUACUACACAUCAAUGGAUAUUCAUCCGGAUGGAAACCUGCUGGCUCUUGGUACCAGCACGGGCUCUAUCAAAAUUUUUUCUCUGGAGUCUGGAGAGAAAGUGGCUUCUCUUGAACUACCAAACCCUUACGUUUCUUUUGGCGCUGAUGUUUUGGCCCUUGCAUUUGCUGAGAAUGGUUAUUGGCUUGGUGCUUCAUACCGGAAAGUUGGUGUUCACCCAGAUGAAACAAAAAUGCAGCAAGAAGGAUCAGAUAUUGAAAACAAAAUUUUUAUCUGGGACCUGCGUAAGCUGAAGGUAACUCACAUGUUAAAUGUUAGUGUGGGGUUGAUUCAUUCCUUAAAAUUUGACUUGUCAAGUCAGUUCAUUGCCGCUGUAGGCAGUAACUCUGUUGUGGUGGCUGGUUAUGUCAAGCCAAAGAAGGCUUGGACAACCGACCCAAGUGUCGUCAGCGACUUCCCAAAUCUUACUGAUGGCGCAUUGUUCCGUUAUAAUGAUAACUACGCUGGCGUGGCUUGGGGAGAAAAGGCUAGCUCUCUUUAUACUAUCAAUCCAAAGGGCUCUAUUUCUACUUUUGCUCCUCAGAAUUAA